UUUUUUUUUUUCGUGUCGUGGUGUUCACGUAUGCGCGUUACGUUCUCUCUCCUGGUUGAAGUUUGCGUGCUGCCAGCUCGGACUGGUUUCCUUCACCUUCGCAACUAAGCGUCGCCUUAACAGGAUCUUGACCAGGAGUCAUUGCCCUGCAGGAAGGAUUUUGUGGGGGGAAAAGUCAAAGCAUUAGAACUGCAAGCUGCAGGUAUGGACGACAAUAGGAUAUCAAUCACUGUGUGUGGAGAUGGCGGAUGUGGUAAAUCGUCCAUAACUCUUCGACUCGUCCGAGCGGAGUGGACAUCAGAUUACGACCCCACAAUCGAAGACUCAUACUCAGUCACUCGCCAGAUCGACGGGCAAACCUACCAACUGAACCUGACCGACACCGCUGGCCAGGAAGAAUACAGAGGCCUUUGGGCAGCGUCGAACCUCCGCAGCGACGCCUUCCUUCUCGUCUACGACAUCACAAAUGCCGCCUCGCUCGAUUCACUCGACUACUUCCACCAGAUGAUCAGCAUUGAGGAGGAGCAGAGGCUUGACAACGGAAGCGUCCCGCCCGUGAAGAUCGUGGCCGGCAACAAAUGCGAUCUGAAAGAGAAGAGGGAGGUGACAAGCCAGCAAGGGCUGGAAUGGGCAAGAUCGCGCCAGUGCGGAUUUAUGGAAACGAGUGCCAGGGAAAUGGUCAACAUCGAGGAGACGUUUGCACUGAUUGUACGACGCGUAGUUGAGGCACGAAGAUUGGCCCUAAGCGGUGGUGCCCUCAACGUGGUCAGCGGCUCCCGAACGCUCCCCCUUGAACCUCUCAAUGAGAAGCCAAUACACAGCAUAGACCCCGAUGCGCUCAAAAAGAAAAAUCAAAAUUCCGGCUUUUGGAGCAAGUUGAAAUGCUGGUAAUUGCUAUACCCAAUGGAUGGAUCGACUCGUAAGGAAGAUGACAGUAGCGAAACAUGUAUCAUCAUAAUCACGGAGGAGAUUGUUCGAUACAAGGGUUGUAAUAUAUUUUCUUGACGGCAUGACGCUUGUAUUACUCGUUUUUGCUGGAUACCCAUACGGCGUUUAUUACAUGGUCUCUUCCACAACACACACACACACACACACACAC